AUCGAGCAAAAACUGCAAUUCCUAACGCCUCAGCCCUGCAACGGAACGUCGGAACAGAAACAGUUGCAGACACGUUUAUAUCGUCGUGCAGAACGGCGGAAUCGAUACGUGGUCGGAAAGAUCCCAGAGUUUCAGUUUAUUAUUCCGCAAUAUUUAACAAGCCAAUUAAUUAGGGUCUAAACAGAACGAAAAUAUUUGUGUGUGCGCGUUCGUUCAGCCGUGCCGAGUGAGGCUAGCAAUCUAGCCAAUUAAUUUGAGUGUGCGAUGAUAAUAGUUUGGCGUGGAACACUCAAUUUGAAACAUCGUUUCGUUUCUUAACGCGUAAUUUUCGCGUUCAUUCCCCUCGACUCUCGUUUUUUGGGGUUUUCGCCGCUCGUACUUCUGGGAAUUAUUUUAUCAUACUGCAUUUGCAUCUCGGGUAAUUCACUCAAAACACAGCCACUGCUAUUUAUAUACACGAUUCGUGCAAAAAACGGUGCUCACUAAAUGUCAUUUGACGUCAGAAGGUCUUGAAACGGGAGAGCAGUCGGUAUGUACGAGUGAUAUGUACAUAUGUAUGUACAUACAUAAAGUGUGUGCCUUGUACAUGGGCCAGUGAGAACGGGCAAGAGCGCGAGAGAGAGCGAUCGAGAGAGCAGCAAAAACAGUGUUGCCAGGUGAUCGCUUUAUUCUGAGCAAAAAUAAGCUAAAAUUUAAACAAAAUUGAUUUUAGUACAAAAAAAACUUGGUCCGGAUACAGGAUUUAAAGUAUUAAGGAAAUUUUCUUCCGCUUUAGUAUUGAAGAACGGCAAGAAAAGCAUUUGAAUUAGAAAAACGCAAACCAUUAGCAAAAAAAAGAAAAUGCAUCUAUAAAAUAAAUAAUUGAUAUCUCAAAAACGAAAAUAUUUAAAAAAUAAAUAAUUUAACUAUGCUAGACCUAGCACCAAAUAAUCCAAGCUGGCAACACUGUUCGUUAUUGAAUUGAGUUGAUAUUUCGGCUGUGGCAAUGCUUGCUAUAUAUUCGCCUGUAGUCAAGCGCACAUGAGUCAGAUUAAUAUUUUGCUUUUGUUCAGUUCAGUUGCUGAGUCCGAAGAUACUCAGAUACUCGUUGCCAGCCAAACCGUACUGAAGUCGACUACUCAUGUGCGUACUCACGUAUAAGGCAGUUAAAAAUGUGCAAACAUACUACCAUAUGUAUGUGGUGAAGAGUGCCAGCAUUAAUCGCAUUUUUCUCCUGCACGACGACUAGAAAAUCGCGUGAAAACAGCGGAACUUAGUGUAUUGUGUAAGUUCAUUGGCGGUGAAAGAUGAAAAGUGUCAUUCCUAAAAAUACACCUCGUCGUCGUCGGGAAUAAGUCGCAUAAGGUCGGUCUCCGUAGCAUAGCCAGUCGCCACAAAGGAAGCAUAGUGCGCAGCAGGGCAGCGCCAUCAUGACAGUGACUAACUCACCACCCAAAAAGGCAGCCCAAGUACAGAAAAUCGAUAUUCUAGUCGCGCUGUAACGCCGUGCAAGAGUGCCUACCUGAGCUCAGGCACAAAGGCAGCGAACCGAGCCGCGACAUUGGUAUACCGAAUACCUUCUUCCGCUCUGAAGAUUCAGAUACAGUGUACGCUGGCUGGACUAUGACCAUAUCCAUAGCAUAUCGUGUAGCUCCGCAGCUGCUAAACAACCAUCUGUGAUACGUGUACCUAAAACUAAACAUAAAGUCAUACAUAAAAGCCUAUAGUUUCCGAAAUGAACUAGCCUGAACCGAUCGCUACUGCUUCUGGGAAAUUAACCAUGCGUCUUGUCCGCAGUAAAUGUUGUCAACGUGAUGUAUCCGACUAUCUGACCACCAGCUCCUCCUCCACCUCCUCCAACACGCACACCGAGGUACACACCAAAAAUAUCUUUACGCGCUACUGGGACGACCACUUAAAAAUGAAAGAGUCAACGAGCGAGGAAAAGGCCAGGGGCAAAUCCAUCGCCUCCACGGUAACAGCGACAUCAACACCUGCCAAAAAUACCACCACUACUACAACUACUCAGAGCGUCACCUUUGUCCGGAGCAAUGCACCAGCUGUUUGCGACGCCAACGGGAAUCCCAGGGCGGCUGAGACCGAGUGGACAUUCCCCCCGAAGGCGCCAACUCCGCACAUCUACAAUUGCCUGAGCCCCGACAUGAUGGCGGCAAGUGAUAAAAACAGCUUUAAAGGUUUUCGCAAGCAAUUCAGUGGACGGUUUAAGCGCUUAGUGACUCGAAAAGUGGAACACACUCCAGUGAUACCUCCAGAAUUGAAGCCGCAACUUAAAACAAUUUACGUUUAUUAACUUAAGAUGCAACGACUAUUUGCAAGCACAAGUGUUUUCUUCAAUGUCUACAUACGUACACCAACCACCAACAGCAACACCACCACCACCUGUGUAUCUAUAAAUGGCAGGAAGCAUUAGUGAUAGGACAAGCAAGAUAUUUUUAAGUUAUCAUAAUACCAUUCUGAUUGACAAUUUUAAGUAUUCAGCGAUUCGUGCGUAUUGUUAGGCUCAAUAAAAAAAAGAACAUUUCAUAAGACAGACGGCGACAACAUUUUAAUGGACUCGGUUCCCUGGGUUAUAUACUAGACAUAUCACAUAAGUUUAGCGGCAACCUUUUAUGCUAAUAUCCUUUGAUGUUUCAACGAUGUCCUAUUUGUGUUAAACUUCCAACCUAUGUAUGUAUGUAUGUGCUUACCAAACUAAAACAAUAAAAAGAUGUAACAAGAGUUCCCUCACUGCGUCCCAACA